UAUUACAAAUUCCCACUUUGUAAAGGCCAACAUCAUAGAUGUAAAUAUUUGCCUUGUUUAUUAGCUAAUCUGUAACAAUACAAUUAAUACUGUCUCUUAUUUGCUGUUUAGAUUAGGCUUACGGUGUCAAACAUAUAAAUUAGUUGGUUUAUGUCUGCAUUUGUAUUAGAUUUCGCAAAAAAUGCUUUAACUUUGGUAUUUUAUAAUAAUGGAUCUAAAUAAAAAGGAUGCUGAAGAGGGUCUAUUGGAGGAUGGAUUACAAAAAAUAGUUAUAGUACGUCAAGAGAGUAAACAAAAGCAAAAUUUGCCAGUGAUCAGUGUUGUGGAUGUGUUGCUAUCAGUGCUUAUUGUUACCCCACUGGUUGUGUUUACAUGGAGAGGAAUAUGGGGAUUUAUGGAUAUUCAUGGAGAUAAAUUUCCUCUAUCAGUUUCUUUUAUAUUGGGUAUAACAAUUCAUAUAGUAUUAGCAGUUAGCCAAGAUCACCUCCACAGCGCUAUAGUACAAUCGGAUAAACACUGGUCACUGAAAAUAGUGUCGCAUUUCUUAAGAAGAUUUUAUACUUACGUAUUUUUGACGAUUACAGUUCUACAUUGGAGAGGUUGUUGGGGCCUAUUAGACCUUCUUUUUGAUAUCCGCUUUACCGCCGAAGGAGUUGCUAAAAAAGAGGGAAGUCUAUGGAUGAUUUUGCUAUGUGGCUUAUGCUUUACCACAUUAAUUUCUAUUAAGGGAUUAAGAAAUGCUACCGCUCCACCAUUUGCUAUUUGCAUAGACAAGGGAAACUAUGUAUUUCGGUUUCCAACGAUGUUUCGUAAAAAAACUAAACAUAGCUUGGGACUAACUAUUUUGGAUGCUAUGUUUUCGGUAGCAGUUAUGGGAAAUCUGGUAGUUUCAUUUUGGCGAGGCCUGUGGGUGAUAACAGACAUUUUGUUAUUACCAGAUAAUUUCCUUUGGUCUUCUUGGAUGAGCUUGAUCUUAGGAAUUAUAAUCGUAGGUUUGGUAUAUAGGUUACAAAAUUUCUUUAAAACCUUAUGUGCCAAACUGACAGGAGUUCCAAAAAUUAUUGCAGCUGAUACUUAUAUUGUAAUGUCCAUAUUAGCUACUAUUUUAUACUGGAGGGGUAUUUGGAGCUUAUCAAUAAUUUACAUUAUACCAAUUAUAAUUGGCUGUUCAAAUACGUUAUUGGUACGUGGCGUUUACAAGGAUGCCAAAGAACCAAAUGGGGAAUGCGUGGUAUUUCCAUGCAAAUUUUUGGAAAUCACUUUAGCACAAGAAAAUAUAAUUGAGGCAGAAGAAAGCAACGAUACUAGCAAAGCUUAACUUUAUUGCUACAACAAGAGCUUUAUGAUGUAAUAUAUUAUUACUGGUGAAUCUAAUAUAAAGAUAAUUGUACUAG